UCUACUUCCUGUAUCUCGGUCGUCAAUAUGAGCUCAAGAAUUAGAAACUAAAGAGUGCUGUUGAACUGUGGCCAAUGGGACUGUUAAGUUGUGUCGGUCGCUUUCUGAGUACUGUAUUGUUCUGGUUGUCAUCUCCUCUACGAUGGCUGAGAAUCAUAAAGAAAAAGAAAGUUGAUAAUGACUUGCUACAAUUUACAAGAACAGCAGAUGGAGGCAAAGCAGACAAGGGUGGUGAUGAUGAUGGAGAGUGGCAAGAAUGGGGGGCUGGAGAUUCUUUUACUGUUGAUAUUGAUCCUGCAUCGAAACCAAGACUUCCUGCUAAUAUGCAUCAACAUGUUGCCGAGACUGUUAGUCAGAUGAAUGCAAGUAACGAAGGGGAAGUUGAAGAGAUUAAUCUAUUCGAAGACAUGCAGCCAACAUUUAGACGUGCGAAGAAAAUCACUGUACGAACAUCAACUAGUGAUGCCACAGAUGAGGAUUCCGGUAAAUUGUCUAGCCGAUUAGCAAUGGAAUCACUCCCACAAACUUCAUCUUCUGAACUUGGAACUUGGAAUGAAAACGUGUCCACAUGGGAAGAUGAGACUGGGAUUGAUGAGAAUGAAUUGACAUGGACAGCAAAGAAUUCCAUGAGAGAAAAGCGGGAGGCUGACCGCAUAAGAAGGCAAGCCGAGAUUGAGAGAAAGAGACACGAGAGAGAAAGUCAGAGACAACAUCGAAUGCUGGGGACAAAACUAGAUUCAUAGGGAACUUUGCAGAUACUAUUUGCUGUAGGUGGCACAAAUGGAAUGUAGCAAAUGAUCUUGUUUACUAGAGCUUGCCAGGAAUUGAGGCAACAAUCUAUUGAAA